AUGGACGGCGAACCCAGUCAAGGAUUGGAACACAGUCUCCGACAACCACCAGCUGGUCCUCGAAUCGGAUGCGCUGUCGGCCCCCUUGGCAGCCCUAUCCGCCCAAAGAUUGGAAGAUUGGGCGCCAAUGAAGCACCAGCGAAGCGUUGCUUGACUCCCCAAGGGCCUCCCCCCCAAGCUGUCUCCAAUCGUGUGCUGCGUCGCGUGUAUUUCGACGUUCGGCCGUCAUUUCAGGCCCCCCUUGGGGCUCUGAUGCGUUGUUAUUGGGACAGUUGGGCGCAAAGGGGAGUCCCUCGCCUGCAUUGCAGCUGGGCAAUCGGGUGGCGUGGUCGCUUCGGUCGUCUACGGCGGGCCCCGCGAGAUAUUCGAUGCCCGCAGCAUCAGGCUGCCAGCUCCCUUCUUUUCUCCUUCCGCCUGUUCUGUUAUCUCGCUACUCCGUAG